UGAAUCUAAUAAUAUUAGAUCCUCCUCCUCUAGGGAAAACCGGAUCAAGAAAGUAUACAUAUACAGCAGGGGAAAUCACUCGGAAUUCAAGCGACUUUAUACCAACAAAUAAGAUCAAGCAAAGAUGUCUACUUCCAGAAGCUCAAAACUUCAUAUAGCCAUGUUUCCCUGGUUUGCCUUUGGCCAUUUCACUCCAUUCCUCCACCUCUCCAACAAGCUUGCAGAGAGAGGCCAUAGGGUAUCCUUCUUACUUCCCAAAGGAGCACAAGCAAAGCUACAACAUCUCAACCAUUAUCCAAACCUUAUCAGCUUCUCUCCCCUUCUCGUUCCCCAUGUAGAUACCCUACCUCCUGGUGCCGAGACUGCCUCGGAUGUUCCUUUUUCACUUCAUAUGCAACUUGCUAUUGCUUUUAACCGAACCCAAAACCAAGUUGAAACCAUUCUUACCACUCUCAAGCCUCACUUCAUCUUCUUUGACUUCAGUUAUUGGCUGCCAGCCCUUGCACACCAACUUGGCACCAAGGCCAUACUCUAUUCUGUGGUAAGCGCGGCCGCAAUCACAUUCAUUAUGGUUCCCGCUAAGAAGAUGGAAAAGGAUAUGACUAAUGAAGAGCUAAUCCAACCGCCUUCAGGCUAUCCUUCUUUGACAGUGGGGUUAAAAUACAAGGAGUUCGAAAUUGCAACAGUAAAAAUACUUGCUGAAGAUCAAGGAACUGGGGUGCCCAUGUACUUUCGAAUUACAUCUAGCAUAAAAGAGAGUGAUGCGGUUGCCUUUAGAACAUAUCAUGAGGUUGAGGGCCCAUAUUGUGACUAUCUAAGGCAGCAGUACGCUAAGCCUGCGUUGCUAACGGGACCUGUCCUGACUGAAACACCAGAAACAAAGCUAGACGAAAAAUGGACUAAAUGGUUAUGCAAUUUUGAGCAAGGUACUGUGGUGUAUUGUGCAUUUGGGAGUCAAAAUAUACUACAAAAGGACCAAUUUCAAGAGUUGCUUUCGGGAUUCGAGCUAUGUGGGCAGCCAUUUUUGGUGGCUCUAAGUACUCCAGAUGAAUGCGCAACAAUUGAAGAAGCUUUGCCAGAGGAGUUCGUAGAGAGAGUUAAAGGGAGAGGGUGGGUGUAUGGGGGUUGGGUGCCACAAGCAUUGAUAUUGGAGCACCCAUCUGUAGGUUGUUCUGUGACCCAUUGUGGUUAUGGGUCCAUGUGGGAGUCUCUUCUUAGUGAUUGCCAAAUAGUAUGUGUUCCAUACAUUAAUGAUCAAAUUUUGAAUGCCAGAUUAAUGGUGGAAGAACUCAAGGUUGCAGUGGAGGUGGAGAGAGAAGAUAAUGGUUGGAUUUCAAAGCAGAAUUUGAGUGAGGCCAUUAUCUCUGUGUUGGACAAUAACAGUGAAGUAGCUGGGAUAGUGAAACAUAAUCAUGCCAAAUUGAAGGAGGUAAUUACUAGCGAAGGCAUGCAAGAGAGAUAUUUGGACACUUUCAUUCAGAGCCUACAAGGUCUUUUGGAUUGACUUGAGUGACUGUAUGAACUCAACUACAUCUUAAUCACUUUCACUUGCCCGAAGAAGAGCAGUAGAUGUUAGUUGUUGGCUGCUGCUAGAGUCCAGUGCACACAUGGCAAGUCCUACAUCAGAUGUGGAUUAUUAAGAGCUAUCUUUUAUUGAUUUUAUCUAUUGCUAUUAUUUUUUAUUUAAUGUGUUGAUGUUAUUGGUUUGAGUGCUCGUAGAGUCGUUGAUGAUUGAUUAAUGUGGGGUAACAUUUGAUGAUCCUUAUCAAUUAUCCAUAUCUUUUGCUUA